AUGGCCACCGAAGUCGCUUCAGGCGGCUUUGCCGAAUAUGCUCUGCUGGUGGAGGCUCUACGCUCGCUCACUGUAGCACAGGCCAAGGCGCUUAUCAAGGAUCUCAACAACGAGCCCGAGGCCGUAUGCGGUUAUAUAGCUCUCUCUGGUAACAAAAUUGACCUCAUUAAUCGUCUCAUAGCGGCCCUGACCGAACGCAGGAAUCAGGGUGAUAUUCGUGGAUAUCAAAAGUUCCACGCUCUCAUCCUUCGAUACAAGGGCCCGCCAAUUCCCGCCUACAGGAAUGGAUCGUUUCCACUUCCGCCUAUUCCUCGCAGUGCCACCACAAAUGCAAGUGCAGGUACGUAUGGUGGCUACAGCGCCACUGGUGCGUACGCAGCACAUCCGCAACGUCUCGGUGUAACGCCAACCAACAGAGCGCCAAGCAUCACCCCUUCUUACCACUCCCCUCCAAUCUCAACAGCCACAACCACAACAGCCACAGCCUCAUUGCCAUCGCGGCCUGUCGGUCCCGCUGGCUCGACUCGUAUCAACUUUCGCCCAUCGCCUUUCUACGAGAUCAAGCAAUUUGUUUCCUCUAUUGUCCAGUGCCCCGAGGCACCGACCCAGUCUGACCGCAAGAAUGUGCCCUUCUUUGUGAAUCUCACGACAGAGCAGGCGGAUCAGCUCAGGACGUCCAAAUACCAGCUUCGACUCUUUUGCACCACGGUGGAGGCACAUGCUGCAUCUCUAUCAGGCCGCAACCCAGCCACCGUUGAAUUUCCGCUCACCUGCGAAGUGCGAGUCAACUCCCAGCCGCUGUCAAUCAAUCUUCGCGGAAGCAAAAAACAAGCGGGCCGAGUUCCUCCGCCCAAUCUCAAUAAGGACAGCAUGCUUGCGCUCAAGGCCGGACGUCCGAAUCGCAUCGAUUUAACCUACACCAACGCCCCUAAACGUCACGUUCUCGUCGCUGCCAUUUGCGAGAUCACCACAGUCGAGACUCUUGUCGAGCACUUGCGAUCCAGGCAGCUGCGGAGCAAGGAAGAGGUGCUUUUGAAGAUGCGUAGGGAAGCGGAAGACGACGACAUCGAACAGGGAGCAGCCACCAUGAGUCUCAAGUGUCCCUUUAGCUACAUGCGCAUUACGACGCCCUGCCGAUCUGUCAACUGCUUGCACGUACAAUGCUUUGAUGCGUACAGCUUCUUUUCGAUCAACGAACAGACUCCGUCGUGGGCCUGUCCCGUAUGUCAGAAGACGAUCAAGCCGGAGGACUUGUUGAUGGACGGCUAUGUGGACGAAAUUCUCAAGAAGGUGCCACACGACGAGGAGUCGGUUAUCAUUGAGCCAGACGGUUCUUGGCGGACCUCCGAUGGCAAGAUUAGCUCGAGCGGAUCGGCACAGGCUACUCCAGCAGCCGAUGGAACUUCACUCGUCGAGGACCGAUCGCAAACGCAAAGCUUGGAGGAUGUUAAACCUGGCAAUGCAAAGCCCAACGGAGCCGGGAGAGCAUCGCGAGAUGACAUUGUGGUGCUCGACAGUCCGUCGCCGCCUCCUGAGACGACAGUACCGAGUAUUUCAGCAUCUACAUCGGCUACGGGGCCAACGCAACCACCGGUCGUUGCAGCGUCUUCCUCUUCAUGUUCAGUGGAAACACGGACCGCACCGAGCGUCCAAGCAUCUACCUUAGCUGUGGGGGCCACGACCGCCCCCAGCGUUCUGACAUCUUCAGCUGCAAUGGGAGUAAACGCUUCGACCUCAAACGCGCCGCCAUCCCACAACGGAGUGGUUCCAACACCCUCUGCAUCACAUUCAGCAGGGGGACUCGCACUCGCACCGCGAUGCGAACACACCGAAACACUUGACAGCAGCACCACUAUGGGUGCGCACAAUGCGCCUACGGUUGGUGUCGGAGAGGGUGGCGUGAUUGAUCUGACGCUGGACAGCGACGACGAGGAUAGCGAGCCCUCGGUUCCAAGACGACCCGCACCUAGCAUCGACGCUCAUCCGAACCCACUGUCCAACUCUAUGAACAGCGGAUAUCUCGGUCAUCACAGCAUCAGCAGCAACAACAACCGCGGAGGCGGGUUUGCGAACUAUGCUUCCAAAGCUACAAGUAUGUCGGCUCGCAUUGACCCCUUUGCAUCGGCUAUGUCGCGAGUCGAGGCGACACCCGAGGAUGAGCAGAUUCGUCGCCCAGGCAAGCGACCACGAAUUGAAGCGAUUCCAACACCGAACGAUCCUCGUCUCGUCAAAGGUGUCCGACCAGUCGAGCGGGAAAGGCGAUCGUCACUAGACGCUCUACCAGCCUCGUAUCUGGAUGUUGGCAUCAACGGCAUCAAUGGAAGCCAAAGCAACGGACGCGGCUAUGAAGCAGCGAAUACCACCAGCAACGGAGGAGGAACGAGAGCAGACGGCAAUUCAGCAGCCGCACGGGGUGCGAGCGGGGAGGAUGACGGGGACGAUUCGUGGAUGGACAAUGCCAACACGAGCGACCACGACCAGUACAUCAACGAAGAGGAUUGGUGGGCUUAG